CAGCGCGCCGCGCAGCCCCUGGCAGGCUGGGAUUGCUACAGGCGCCAGGCAGGACUCGCUGGCAGAUUAUGGUUGUGCUAUUCCUGGGGCCAGGCCUACGAGUGCACCACUGCCGCGCGGGGGCUACGGGCUUGCAAGGCGGCCGUGCUCGCAGCUGGGGUUUAUGGUGCCCCGUGCCCGUUCAAGGAGCAGCGUUGAUCCCCGCGGCUCAGGGCAGAGAAGGUAAGGGACGCUGUCUUUGUAAGCCAUUGCUAGGUCCCGAGCGGGCUUCCACGCGCAGCCUUUGGUGUCCCCGAGCCUGGAGCGCAGCGAGCCCUAGUCCGCUUCCAGCGAGAAGCGUUCAAGGAGUUUCCAAGCGCGGCGAAUGAUCUCUGGCCCUGACGCAAGAACUCACGAACCUGCACAACGCUGGGGGUUUUUAAAGCGCUAAAGAUCGGUGGAAUACAAGAAUAGCCGCUGGAGAGCUGCAUUGCCCUGGCCACUGACGCUAUGGAAGACCGCAUCCGCUGGUCUAGUCUAUAGGAUGGUAGCGCACAGUAAGGUGGCAGCAGAUAAUGCAGUUGCAGCAGACCCGAGAUGUCGACUUGACCCUCCAGCACGGGAUCAUUCUCGGCCUAGAGGCUACCAUGGCCCGGCUCGGUCCAACACUGGGCAGGCACAGAGCGACACACACUUCCGAACUUUCCGCUCACAGGCGGAUUUCAGUAGCAUCACCCGAGCGAGUGCCCUGCUGGAUGCAUGUGGCUUCUACUGGGGUCCACUGACUGUCAGCGCAGCCCACGAGAAGCUGAAAUCUGAGCCUGAGGGCACCUUCCUCAUCAGGGACAGCAGACAAAAAAAUUGCUUCUUUGCCAUCAGUGUUAAGACUGCUACUGGGCCCACCAGCAUCCGAAUAAACUUCCAGGCUGGGCGUUUCAGCCUGGAUGGCAGCAAGGAGAGUUUCGACUGUCUCUUUAAGCUACUGGAACAUUAUAUAAGCUCCCCGAGGAAGGUGCUGGUCACCCCACUACGCAAAGUCCGUUUACGGCCAUUGCAGGAGCUCUGCCGGAAAAGCAUUGUGGCAACAUUCGGGAGAGAGAAUUUAAACCACAUCCCUCUCAAUCCAGUUUUAAAGGACUACCUGAAAUCUUUCCCAUUUCAGAUAUAAAUACAGCAUUAACUGUGCGCAUGUGUGUGUGUGAGAGAGAGAGAGAUGUGUGAAGACAUUUGGGUUUUUUAAUCUAUUUGGGAGUGACCAAAUUUAUAUUUGUAGCAACUUACUGUAUUUUGUGAUGGAACCUGAACACUUGACUUCUUAUGUUUACACAAACUGUUUGCACAAACCCAGGGUUUUUAAACUCUGGCAUUAUUUUUCUGCUGGGCAGAAUAUUCUAUUUUAUAAUAUUUCUAAUGAAAAUAAUGUAAUAAACUUUAUUGUGAAAGUUUUUAAAAAAUAG